ACGUCCCCUUUAAAUCCAGUUACAUGACGUCACGGCUUCAAUGCGGAAGUAGGUUCUCAGGAAACCACCACCUUCCAGUUUUGUUUACAUGUGACAUUACAUUUGGAGACCAGCCGAGUUAAUGCUGGAGCUCUUUGAAGAACCGCAAGGAUGUUUCCCCGCGCCGCCGUACCGAGACGGCGGUACGACCACCGUCACGACUCGUACCCGCCGCAGACCCCGGUGCCCCGGGGCUACGACUACAGCCACCAAAGGCUGGCAGGCGUCAGCAACUUCCAUGCCCCGGAACUAGAGAGGUUUCCUACCUAUAAAUGGGAGCCCAGCCCACCAGCUCCAGUUCCUCCUCACACACCAACCAUGACCAAUGAGCGCAAGAGGCGGAAUGCUGAAUACAGCCCCCACGUUGUGAAGCGCCAACGCCUUGAACCUCCUUUAUUUCGAGGCCCUCCACCUCGUCGUCCAGACCAAGUGCUGGCAGGGUCAUCAAGAUCAGCCGUAGCUGGUUUUGAUAGCUUUUAUCCCAGCCCACGCGCCCACAUCCAGCCCCAGGUCACUGCUCUGCCAAUAAGCCCCAACAUCUUGAAAGCAUGCGUUAAGGACAAGUUAAGUGAUCAGAUGGUGGAGGUGUUUGAGGCGUGCCAACAGCGAGCUUCCGAUUUGGCCCGAAAGGAGACGUGCCGAGCCCGGCUUCAGGAAGACAUACAGAGAGUCUAUGCAGUGGCACGGCUUUACUUGACUGGAUCUUCUAUGAAUGGAUUGGGCUGCCGGAGCAGUGAUGCUGAUCUGUGUCUGGUCCUCAAAGGGAAUAAAAGACAGGAUCCUAUACAUGUACUCUUGGUCCUCCAAAAGCUCUUCAAGUCGCUGUCAUAUGUAGAGAAGACUCAGCUGAUCAGAGCCAAAGUGCCCAUCCUCAAGUUCAGAGAGAAAGGCAGUGAUCUGGAGUUUGAUCUGAAUAUCAACAACACAGUAGGCAUCAGGAACACAUUCCUUCUGAGGAGUUACGCCUAUGCUGAUCUCAGAAUAAGACCCAUGAUCCUUGUUGUCAAGAAAUGGGCACGGCACGGUCAGAUCAACGACGCCAGCAAAGGAACGUUGAGCAGCUACACACUUGUGCUGAUGGUGCUGCACUAUCUCCAGACUGUCAAGGAACCUGUCCUUCCCUGUCUGCAGAGGGACUACCCUGAGUGUUUUAAUCCCCACAUGGACAUUGACAUGGUUCCAGAGGGACCCAAACGCAUCCCCCCCUUCAUCUCACGAAACCAAUCCUCUCUGGGAGAGCUGCUUCUAGGCUUUCUCAAAUACUAUGCUACAGACUUCAGGUGGGAGAGGCAUGUCAUCUCCAUUCGAGAGGCCAUAGCUUUCCCCAAGAACAAAUCUCAAGCGUGGAGAAACAAAUACAUAUGUGUGGAAGAGCCAUUUGAAGGAAACAACGUUGCCAGGGCAGUCCACGAGAAGAUGAAGUUUGAGGCCAUUAAAGCGGAGUUUGCCGAGUCAUGUCGGAUACUCUGGGACAGGAAGGACCUGAACUCGAUCCUCCCGGUCCGAACCAUCAUUAAUAAGGAGUUAUCCAGGCGAUGAGGGGCUCCUUUUAAUGAGAACAGCAGGCAAGGGUCUUCUACCUCAAGACAGGCCGGUUGGCAAAAAAACACGAAGCAAGACCCUUUGGGUGGGCUGGGAGAGGAGCCCUGCCACCCCAGCACCUUACAGCCAGAGAUAACCUGGGACUCUGAAUGCUCUGGCUGCCUUGCAGAUUAUAUUUCCUGUUCUGAAAAAUAUUGCUCUUGACUUCAAAUUCUUUGCUGACUUCGCCAUGUUAUUGAAACUACUAAUUUAAAAUUCAGUAUUUGUGGAGUGGCACUAGAGGGCUCACUUCACCAAAGCACGGUAAUAAUAAGCCGUGUUAUAAGAGUCAUCGAUGCGACACGGCCACUAUUUCCCAACACGCGCUGCAUUGUGGGGUAAACGUGCUGUAUUCUGACAAAAUAGUACCUGAAACCACCUCAUGUAGUUUACAGAAGCAUUUCUCUUCUCUGGUCUCAGUUAGUUGCUCGUCGUACUGCUCAGUUCUGAGGCCGAUAAUUUGCUUCUGCCGCACGCGUACGGAGUAUAUACACAGCAUAUUGUCUGCAGUCUGUGUGGACCAGCUUGGAACAUCUUCAGUCAUGGAAGUUGUCUCUGUUUUUCUAGGUCAGUAGUCACGCUGUUGCAGGUUCAAGUGCUAUACCCUUUUCUACAUUAAAGUUUCUAUGUUCACCUGAAUUCUGAACUCUUGAGGUUAUGUGACAUCAUUCGAGUGACUAAGGGGAUUGUUGGAGGGCUGUGAAGGGAUCAGUCUGUUAAUGUUCUCACUCCUUCAUCAUUGAUUUUUUUAUUCUUUGCCCUCCACUGGCAAGGCCUGUUUAUUCAGUACCUACCUGAUUUAUUUGGACACAACCUUGUUUUUUGUUUUCUGUUCACUUGAUGCAUACCUUAUUUGACAAAUUUAACUUCAUUUUUUGUAUAUUGCUGACUUUUAAAAGGUUUGUUACAAAAAUUAAAUCUUUGAAGAUG